AUGGUCAAGGCCGUCGUUCUCGGUGCCGCUGGUGGCAUUGGCCAGCCGUUGUCUCUGCUCUGCAAGAUCUCUCCUCUCAUCGACGAGCUUGCUCUCUUUGAUGUCGUCAACACACCUGGCGUCGCUGCCGAUCUGUCUCACAUCUCCUCCGUCGCUGGUGACUUCAAGGGCGAGAAGCCAGAGACGGAAGAGGCAAAGAAACAAGCCUUGACAGGCGCAGAUAUUGUCAUUAUUCCAGCUGGUGUUCCCCGGAAACCUGGAAUGACCCGUGAUGACCUGUUCAAGACCAACGCUGGCAUUGUCAAGGAUCUGAUCGUUGCUUGCGCAAAGUACUGCCCCAAGGCGUCCAUCUGUGUCAUCUCCAACCCUGUCAACUCCACCGUCCCAAUCGCUGCUGAGGUUCUCAAGGAGGCUGGUGUCUUUGACCCCAAGAAGCUCUUUGGUGUCACCACUCUCGAUGUCGUUCGUGCUCAGACCUUUGUUGGAGACAUCACUGGCGAGAAGGAUCCCCGCAAGCUCACAAUUCCUGUCGUAGGAGGACACUCCGGCAACACCAUCGUUCCCGUGUUCAGCCAGGCCAAGCCACCGGUGGACAUUCCCGCUGACAAACUCGACGCACUGGUCAACCGUGUCCAAUUUGGAGGUGAUGAGGUUGUCAAGGCCAAGGACGGUGCUGGAUCUGCAACCUUGUCUAUGGCAUAUGCUGGAUUCAGAUUCGCCGAAUCCCUCUUGAAGGCAGCUAAGGGUGAGAAGGGCAUCGUGGAGCCAACCUUUGUCUACCUGCCUGGCGUCGAAGGUGGUGACGCUAUCGCCAAGGCAACUGGCUGCGACUUCUUCUCUGUCCCCGUCGAACUCGGCCCCAAUGGAGCUGAAAAGGCCAUCGACAUUCUCAGCAGUGCCAACGACUAUGAGAAGAAGCUCCUCGAUGAGGCCAUCAAGGGUCUAAAGACCAAUAUCGAGGCCGGUGUCAGCUUCGUCAAGAACGCACCAAAGUAUGUGUAUACCCCUGUCCCCUUUCCCUGUCCGACUCGCCUGACAAUUCUCGUAGGUAGGACGUGA